GGGAGUUGCAGUUGAAAGCAGAGGAGAGCAGACAGGUAGGGAAGAAGAAGAAGCGCCAGAUGUUUGCAGAUCAGCUCCUGACCGAUCAUGUGAACUGGUUAAAAGCUUGGAGACUCAUGCCACAAUGAAAUCAUACAACCACAGCAAAAUGAAGCUUCUUCUAAAGAGAGCGACAUCUCGGAUUACUUCCUUCUCCAAUUGAAGUGUGUUUCUGAAAGCUUUAGUUUGGAUCCAGUGCUUGAAAACGUCAGCUUGUGCCUGACAGCGAUGGGUUCACAGGGUCAAACACUGGCCUGGACCUUGCUUCCAGUGCUUCUGCUGGGAAUGACCUGCUCAUCACAUGGGUCCCUUGUGAAAGUCAAUAAGGGUGUAAAGGUGAAACGGGGUCAGUCAGCCUACCUCCAGGAUGGUGACCUACAGUUCCAUAUUCCCCGUCAGAAGGAUGCCUGCAAGGUGGAGGUGGUGUUAAAUGAGCCCAUAACUCAACGAGUGGGAAGAGUCAUGCCUCAGGUAUUUGAUUGCCACUAUCUGGCUGAUGAGGUAAAGUACGUCCAUAACGGAUGUCCAUUGUUAAAGGAGGACACUGUCAAGCUUCGACUAUACAGGUUCACAGAGACAGAGACAUACAUGGAGGUGUUUUCUCUCCAUGUGGACAUUAUGGAACCUGAAUGCAGCAUCAUAAAGCUGGGGCCCAAAUCCCUGGAGGUUCCUGAAUUCUACGGCUUCUCCGAUGCCGUGGAUGGCAAUGUGGUGUCCUUCCAUUAUGAGCAGAGGUCUAGUCUGGAGUGUAGCAUCUAUUUAAGUAGCCAUGACACCCACCUACCAGCCCACGGCCAACUGGUCACCGGAGAGCCAGAGAAAGCUAUGAAAAGAGGGGACGAGCCAGAGAGCUUCAUCCACCUACGCCAGCAUCUAGAUAAUAAAGCCAGAGCAAUGUGUAAAUCUGAAGACUGCCUGAAAGGUCCGAAGCUAGUGAAGUUCACCAAAAUUCCCUGUGAUGACUUCCUUUUGAUGGGGCUGAGGUAUCAGCACAUAGACCCUCCAUCUCCAGACGUUGACUACAUCGCAAUCAGACUGGAUCUCAUGGACACCCGUAGUGGCAGCACAUAUCAGUCUGAACAGGCCUGGAUUCCAGUGCAAAUAGUUGGUGCCUUGACCAACCAGCCUCCCAAACCGUCCUUCAUGUCCAUGUUUAUCCUUGAAGUGGACCAGUUCAUCCUCACUCCACUCUCCACUGCUACACUAGACACUGAAGACGAAGAAACUCCCAAACAACUUUUGGUUUUCAACAUCACCAAACCGCCCGUGGACGGCUUCAUCGCCCAUCUGUCCGAUCAUACUUGCCCAAUCUCCUCCUUUACAUGGCUCGAUCUCAAUGACAUGCUCAUUGGGUAUCAACCUCCGAACUCCUCAAACACCCAACGCAGGAAUUACGAGAUGGAAUUUGAGGUUCAUGAUUUUUUCUUUGAGAAGAGCCCAUCAAUGACUGUUCACAUGUCUGUAAGGAAUGCAGACACGAAUGCACCCAGGGUGUCUUGGAACAUGGGCCUCAGUCUGUUGGAGGGUCAGUCUCGGCCAAUAAUGUGGGAGCAGCUCCAGAUUGUGGACAACGACAACCUGAAUGCUGUUCGUAUCAUCACUGUGGACGGCCUGCAGCAUGGACGACUCACUGUCAGAGGGGGAAAGGGCUUCAUGUUUAAUGUCAAUGACAUCAAAACGGGCGUGGUUCGCUAUCACCACGACGACAGCGACUCCACCAAAGACUUCAUUAUCUUCCGCAUCACCGACGGCCACCAUCAGACCCGACACAAGUUCCCCAUCAAGAUCCUGCCGAAGGAUGACAGCCCUCCGGUCCUCAUCACCAACAUGCUGCUGGAGGUGUCUGAGGGCCAGAUGGCUUUACUGAGAGGCUCCACCCUCCAGGCUUCAGACAUGGACUCCAGCGACGACUACAUCCUCUUUAACAUCACCCGCCCCCCACAGGCAGGGGAGGUUAUGAAAAUGCCAACAUCAGGGCUCACAGGUUAUCCUGUCAGCCACUUUCUGCAGAGGGACCUGUCUCAGUCCAUGGUUUACUAUCGACACCUAGGAAACGAGGUGUUUGAUGACUCCUUUGAGGUGGUGCUGUCUGAUUUCCAUGAUCCUCCGAACCUGUCAGAGCCUCAAGUGGUGCUAGUGCACAUAGAGCCUGUUCCAGACCAACCACCUAAAGAGGUUCCUGGUUCCAGUCGGUGUCUUGUGAUCAAAGAAACAGAAGUGGUCCAUAUAACACGGCAACAGCUUCACUUUGUAGACCAGGAGUCUCCAGACAGUGAGCUUACAUAUACGGUUACUACUCCGCCUUUGUACGCUGGUCCUCACAGCAGUCCAGAUGCUGGGAGGUUGUUCUUAGUCGACAGCAUACCCAAAUUCACCAAAGACUCCAAUGUACCGGUGCUGAGGCUCUUCACACAGCAUGCCGUGAACUUCAUGAAAGUAGCCUACAUGCCUCCAGUCAUGGACAUCGGCCCUUACCCCCAGUAUAUCCAAUUUGUUCUCUCUGUAACCAACCUCCUGGGCAAAACGGUCACUGGGAUCUGCUUUAACAUCACUGUGGUGCCAGUGGACAACCAGCCUCCACAGGUUAUUACCAACCCUCCGACUGUAGAUGAAGGCGGGCAGUGCUGGCUCGGCCCUGAACACUUGCUGCUGUCAGACGUGGACUCCGUAGAAGAAGCCCUGCAGGUGGUGCUUCAGAGGGAACCGCAGCAUGGAGCUCUGCAGCUCGAUGGCCUCGUGCUGAAACCGGGCCAGACUUUCACUGUGCAGGACCUGAAAAGCCUUAAAGUUAGGUACAAACAUGACAGCUCAGAAACUGUAGAGGACCACAUUGAAUUCACAGCAACAGAUGGCUCCAAUUCAGUCAGUUUUUUCCUGCAAGUGAAGGUGUGGCCCAUCAAUGACGAGGUCCCAGUGUUGGUCGCUGGUUUGAAACCGGUUCUCAGCUGUGCAGAGGGGCAGGAAAUGGUCAUCACAGCUGAGUACAUCUACGCUACUGACGCAGACAGUGACAACAGCAGCCUGGCCUUCCUGAUCGCCCGGCAGCCCUAUCAUGGCGUGGUUCUCCGGAACUCCGUCGUGGUUGAUCGCUUCAUCCAGGCAGACAUCACUGCGAGGAUCAUCACCUACAAACACACAGGACUGGAGAUUGGACUCACUCCUCGCCAUGACACCAUCACUUUUGUCAUAUCUGACGGAGGAACAGAAAACUCUGCUUUAUGCUGUGGUGAAGAAAAUCUCACCAAGUUCAGACUCAGUCUGCCUGUGUAUGACCUCCAGAUCACAGUGUUUCCAGUUGACAGCCAACCACCUUCUCUAACAACAGGAGACAUCUUUACGGUGGAUGAAGGUGGUUCUGCCCCGAUAACUGCAUCUCAUUUGAAGGUCUUUGACGUGGACACUGUUCUGGACAAACUGGUGGUCAGUCUCAUUUCUUCGCCUCAGUUUGGCUACAUAGAAAAUGUCCUGCCCAGUCCUGGCUUUGAGAAAAGCAACACGGGCAUAAGCAUAGCUUCCUUUUCAUACAAAGACAUUAUUGACGGGCAUGUGAACUACGUACAGUCCAGACACCAGAGGAUGGAGCCCACAGCUGACCAGUUCGUGCUCUGUGUAUCAGACGGCAAACACAGCUCUGCCCAUGUCCCCUUCUACAUUCUCAUUAACCCGACCAACGACGAGAUCCCACAGUUUGUGGCUCGGAACAUCACAGUGCGAGAAGGAGAAAUGAAGCAGCUGGACUCAUCAGUUUUACAAGCGGUGGAUCUGGAUGUCCCCAAGGACAGCCUGCUCUUCAGUGUGGUCAGAGCCCCGCAGCACGGCAGCAUCGUCACUCACGGCAGUGAAAAGUCAGCCUACAAGAGACAACAGGCCAGUCCUCAGUCCCCUGUGGUGGACUUCACAAUGACAGAUCUUUCAAAUGGUAUGGAUCUGAUGUACAUGCACGAUGACUCAGAGAAUAAGGAGGACAGUUUCACCAUUCAGUUGACUGAUGGCAGGCACCAACUCCAAAGACAAGUGAUGGUUAAGGUACUGCCAGUCAACGACGAAGAGCCUCGCGUCAUCAGGAACAAUGGACUGGAGGUGGAGGUGGGAGAAGCCAGGCUUAUCUCCAGCAUUGCACUGUUGGCACAGGAUGGUGACACUCCUUCUUCACAGGUCAUGUACAUAUUUGAUAGUGUUCCCACCCAAGGACUACUUCAGUUUAAGGAAGGUCCGGACUGGAGGACAUUGACAGUGGGGAGGAACUGCACCCAGGAGAUGGUGGACAUUAACCUCCUGCGCUAUGUGAACACAGGCCUGCAUGGUGCUAAAACACAGGACUUCUUUGUCUUCUACUUGUCGGAUGGAAAGAAUCAAUCGCCCCCACAGCACUUCCACAUCUCUGUCAAAGAUGUGGAAAAAGGAAACAUUGCCAUUUUUGUGAAGCCGGUGAACGUCAGUCGUGGAGACCGUGUGGUUCUCACCACGGAUGUGCUGUUGGCCACAGAUGGCACAGAAAUGCCAGAGGAGCUUCUGUAUAUCAUCACUAACCCUCCGGCUCACGGACACGUAGAGUACAUCAAGCAUCCUGGACUGGCCAUCUCCACCUUCAGCCAGAUGGACAUAGCCGCCAACCUUGUGGCUUAUGUGCACAACAACCGAGCCACCACACCCAUGGACAACUUUCAGUUUGUUGUGAGUAAUGGUAAAACCAGCCGAAAUGGAAGCUUUGAGAUCACAGUGGAAAUGGUGGACCGCAUUCUGCCGUCUCUGUCUUGCAACAAAGGCCUCUUUGUUCCACAAGGCGCCUUCAUGAUCAUGGGUCCUGACUGCCUGGUCAUGUCUGACCCCGACACUCCACCCAGCGCCCUGACCUUUGUCCUUCUCCAGCCUCCACAGUAUGGCAGACUGCUUUUAGGAGGUACCACACUAACUGCUGGCUCUAACUUCACCCAGAGAGACAUAGAGGAGCUUGAGGUAGCUUACAAACAUGACGGGGGGCCGUCACAGAUCGACCGAUUUGCCUUUACUGCCUCUGACAGCACCAAACGGGGUUUCCUGCUGGACGGCCAGCUACAAACGGAACCUGUGUUCUUCACUAUUCAGAUCAAGCUUCUGGAUAAAUUGUGUCCUGAGGUUGUCAAGCUGCUUCCUCUUUGGAAAGCAGAGCCUCUUGACGACGGACGACACGGGAUCUUUGUGUCAUCUCGAGAGCUGAAGGCCCAAGACAGCGAUAGCAGAGAAGAGGAGCUGAUAUUCUGCAUUGUUCGACAGCCCUACUUUGGUUACCUAGAAAACAUGACCACAGGUGGUUUUGUACCACAGCACUUUUCUCAGAUGGAGCUGAACAAGAGAACUAUCGCCUACAUCAUCAGCCCAGACAAGGAGUCUCUCUCAGACAGCCUGGAGUUCACGGUGUCUGACCCUUUAGGGAACAUGGGGCCCCCUCACAUACUUAAGUUCAGCUGGUCCAGUGUGGAGCUAUCUCAGCCCGAGUACUCUGUGUGUGAGGAGCAGGGAACCGUCUCGCUGGACAUCAUCCGGAGAGGAAACCUGGCAGAGUCUUCAUACAUCACUGUCAAGAUGGAGGAGGUGACUGCAACAGCUGGAAAAGACUUCCUUAUAAGCCCUUCUUCCCUCAUUCAGUUUGAUCCAGGAGUGUCAAAGAGGAACUGGCAAACCAAGAUCAUUCAGGAUCACCUUGAGGAGGCUGCAGAGAUGUUUGAAGUGCUGCUGGUGUCCCCUGAAGGCACAGUAAUCGGCAGCAUCAAGAAGGCUCAGGUCACCAUCAGGGACUCGGGAAGCGACACCACAGGACAGUCCAGGCUGAACCAUGAUCAGGAGGCUCCUGUUCUUGUAGGAAAAGAGGUUCGGUCACACAUGUACCCCCAACAUGGAUCCAUUCAGCUAGAGAAGUUGCCUCUCGGCACAGAAUCAGUGAUCUGGACCCGUGGAGACAGCAUCUCCAGGCCUGGAGCUCAUGUCCCAAAAAAACAACUUAAAGUUAUGGGCAACCCAAAGUCUAUUGCACCUUCAUCCGUUUUUCACAAUGGGACAGACAUUUACAUGUAUCAUGGCAUCAUGCAAAUACAAGUAGAGGAUGACACCUCCCCAUCGAGGAAGGGCAGAAAGGCAAACGUCCGUGUGGUUAGCAGGGGAGCACAACAGCAGGUGCCAGCUGUGCUUACUGAGUCAAAGUCAGAGCCUCACAGAAAGAUCUUAAAACCACAAGAAACGGCACUGGCUAAAGGACAUGCUCAAGCUGAUAACACCAUACCAAAGCCCUGUGUGCCAGAACUGAUGGGACUCCUGCAUUUCAACCAGACCACCAAUCAGCUCUUUCACUGCAAUGGUGUCUCCUGGAAACCCUGGGUACCAACUGAUCAGAUGGUGAGUGCUCAGAUGUGUCCUCAGGGCUGGACCUUUCAUGGUGGCCACUGUUACUCCCUUAGCACUGAGCACAAAGUCACAUGGAGCACAGCUAACAGGGCCUGCAGAGAGAGAUACAAAGGCACUCUUGCAAGCGUUCUCUCUAAAGUUGAAAUGGACUGGCUGUGGGACUUCAGCAGAAGAAAACCAUUUUGGAUAGGCCUGAAUGACAGGGAUGGACGAGGACGCUGGGAAUGGGCGAGUGGUGAGCCUGUUAGCUACACUAAUUGGAGAAAGACGCCCCCCCGGUCCAAAAUGAAGGGAAACAAAAAGUGCGUCCUUGUGUGGAGAAGGGCAAAGUGGCAAAUCAGCGACUGCAAUACGAGUAGGGGUCAUCGCUUCAUCUGUUCAAUAAAAACUUGAUUUCAACAGUGUUUACAGCAUCACAGCCAUGAGCCACUGUGUUGUUUCAGAAGGAGGAAGGACUGAUCCUCGGGACAUUUAAACUGCAAUACCAGACAACUUUCCAAUAAGUAUCAAAGGGAACUUUGCUGGAACUGUUUAUAUCAUUUAUAACUAUUGAAAAAUAUUGUUUCUAAAAAGUAACCUGCGACACUAAGUGACAUUUUUUAAACUGCAUUUAUUCUAAUUAACCACUGAAAGUAUUUCUUACAGAAGCUCUGAGAGGCAAUGAGCAAAAAAUCUGGUGAUCCAUUUUAUAAUUCUGAUCAAAACCUUUUUUCUCUCCUGUGUGUAUGAUUUAACAGCAGGUGAAAAAAAUAAUGGGUCAGAUCAGUCUCAUUAUUAAUGAAUGCCCAUAAAGGGGUAUUAACUAAUGUAUUUUGUGAUUUAUAUAUAGAUGACUCUCCAUAAAAAUAUUUUUCAAUACACAAAAAUAGUUCAAAUCCACAUGUAUAAAGUAAGAUUCACAAAUAUAUUUCUGACACACAAACAAAUAUUUAUUGAUUUAGCUAGCAUCCCACUGGUUCCAGUACAAAAAGCCAAUAGGAUAUUUCGAUUGGAUUUGGGAUUUUUGCUAAGGGUAUAAACGAACCCCACCACUCGCAUGAGCACAAGUCUACACAACAAGGCUGUGAAGGUGGACUAGUUGGCAUGAUGAUGUUUUGUACUCUCAUUUAGCCACUUGUUAGCAACCGCCUUUUUAAGACACUUAAAAGCUUCAAAAUUCACAAGAGGGGUAUCUACUGACGUAAUUCAUAUUGUAGAAGAAAACGUUAAAUUAUCUUUAGCUUGUGUAAAUCACAGAUCUUAUGUCAGACAUCUGUCAAUAGACCCAUUCAAAAAAAAACAUUGAAUUGAGACAAAGGAACCGGAAGUAAAAUCAUUUCCUGGUUUAAGGACUUAUCCCUGCACCAUCCAAUAUCCUUGUGGGGUCAUGCUCAUGUGAUUGGUUGAAAAUGGAGGAGGCAUCUGAUUGGUUACAGAAUAAUCCCUGUUGAAAAUAAGGCAUUUGUGAAUCAAGCAGCAUCAUCGGAGUCUCAAAAGCCCCACAAACUAAUGCAGUGAAGUUCACUCAUGACAAGCAGUUUGUAAAUGCAAGUUCAAAAGUUUUUGUAUUAAUGUAAUGACAACCAAAUAUGUUUUUGAUAACAAUUUAAAAUCCUUUUAAAUAUAUAUAUUUGUGGACUUCUAAUACAUUUAUUUAAAAAGAAAUUGUGACUUGUUUUUAUAUGUAGAAUUUGUCAACAAUCAUAUAUAAUGAUAACUGUUGUGUGUGCAACAACAAAUAUUUUUGUGGAGAGAUUUAUAUAUAAAUCACAAAAUGCAUUUGUGAAUCCCUCUUUGAGCAUUCAAUACUAUUGAGACUGAUCUGACCCCAUAAAAGAAGGUUUUGCCAUGAUAAUCUAUCAAAAUUCCUAAAAUCUGUGAAACAAAGUCACUUUUUUCUAUCUGUGAAAAAAUUAUCCUGGUAAAAUCUUUUUCCACUUGUUUGACAGAUUAAAAAAAAAGAAAGAUUCUCCUGGCAAUAACUGUUUCAAUUAUUCUUUAGUCAUAAACACAGGACAGAAAACAACUUAGACUUAGGAAAUGGACCAUCGAUUGUUUUUCUCACUUGCCUAUCUGGGCUGCCGUAGAAUAUAUGUAAAGCUCAAAAGAGACUUUUAAAAAAGGUAUGUAGUGUAUUUUACUUAUUUCAGACAGAACCAAGGCUGUAUUACCAACAGGGUGUCCUGAUUCACUGUUGGUUCGUGGUAGAGAUAAAUUCUUAAAUCUGCUUGUUGAUAUUGUUUAUUAUUUUCUACAGCUCCUGCAACAUUCAUUAUAAGGCACCCUGUGUCCGAAUCUUGUUUUACAGCUUUUAUUGUUUGAUCUGCAUUAUCAUGUGCUUGCAUUGUGCAUAUUCUAAAUUCAUUUGUGUUUAAUCAGAUUACUGCAACCUAAUUGCUAUAGUCUUCCAGCAGAGGAGUACUUCUUGGUUUCCGUGUCUACAGGCAAAAUAUAAUGAAAAUGCCAUGUGUAAACUGCUACGUGUUCUCGAUGGGAUGCUGGGGGUGGAUGGGAACACACACAAUGCACAGACAGCGGUGGUGUUGGUGGGGAGGAUGGGGGGGCAUUGGGGCCCACCAGCGAAUAUUUGCCAGGGGAACUCAUAAAAAGAUAAGCCGGCCAUGGACAGAACAUCUGCAUCCACUUUGUUGAAGUGCUCAUUGAGAAGUCUGUUUCAACAUAUUUCUAUGAAGAUUAGAACGCUUCAUUUCUUCAAAGAUCUCUUCAAGCCUCAUUAUUUCCAUUCAUAAACAUGUUUAUUUGUUACUGUAAAUGGAAAAAAGCACCAACAUUGUUUUCA